GUUUUUCGAGGGUUCUUCUGUUUUAUCUCCUCUGGAAAAAUCUUCUCACGACGAGCUGACGCUCCUGUCCUGGGCAUGCAAUCUCGGCUUGGCGGCGCUUAACUAGCGACGAGACUUGCCCUUUGCCAGCCUUUGCGCCAAGGUUUCUUCUAAUUUACGCGCUUUAAGCCUCUUCUUGCCUCUCUCUCUCUCCUCGGAAUAAACCUCGUUUUCUGCCAACACAGGAGAGACGACGCACCCCACGGUUCCUCCCUUAGGUGCUCACAAUUCGUUUUUUUUCGUUCGCCUCUCGUGUGUAUAUCGUUUCUCUUUCGCGUUUGUAUUUUUAUUGUUCUCUUUUUCGUGACCGCGUUCUUCUCUUCCUCUUCAUCUCUCAUUUCGACUGUUCUCCCUCUCCCAGCCUCUCGUGAUUCUUCCUCUGCCUCUCUCUGUGCCUCUCUCUGCUCUCUUUCUUUUCUCUGGCUCGCUGUCUCCUUACCGCACAGACUACGCGCUCGUCUUGUCUGGUGCAGAGCCGCGCUCCACUCGAAUUCGGAGGCCUCGUCUUCAAAGAAUCGUCGCAGGUCUGCUGCUCCAGCAGAGUGCGAAUGGAUGUUGGACGCCCCGGAUGUCGAGUAGCCUUGACGCGGCGAGAGAAAAGAGAGAAAGAGACAAAAGAGAAAAGAGAGAAAGCAGGCGCUACCUGCUGGAAUGACAGCGGGGGAAGGGUGUCUCGAAAGGCACUGGUUGAAAGGCAAGGGGAAGAGAAAGAAAACAUACACUCUCCGAUUGCUCCCCUUUUCUCUGGGGGUGCCUGUCUCUUCUCUCGUCUCUUUAGUCAUGUCUCUCUCCGUUAUAUCUUUCUUGUGAAUGCUUCCUAACGUUCGUCGCUCUUCUCUCUUGCGUUGCGAGUUCCUGUCCCCUCGCUUGUGCCAAUCGCAUCUUGUCUUUCUUGACGCGGGUCUCCCUUCUCUGCUUUCACUCAUUUCCCCUCGUUCUUCGCCUCCUUCGUUUUUCUGUACAAUUGCCUCGCGUUCUUCGUCUCCCUCCGAAAAAUGCGACAAGCAGCCUCGGCGUCGCAGCCUCCCAGUACGCAGUGCAAGAGAACAAGAGACCACCGUCAAGAGGGCGCGGACAGAGACGGCCGCGAAGAGACACUCGAAGAAGCAGAAGAAGCAGCGAAACGAAAACGAAGGAAAAUCGUCUGUGGGGAGGGGACUCCUACGCCAUCCAAGACGCGCCUGUACUGGAACGCAGUUUUUGAGCAGACGGCCGAGUCUCAAUAUUUCGUUUCUUCUCGUCGAGUUCGCGAGCUCGUGGAGGAUCUGCUGGUUGGCGCGACUGGCGGCCUGUCGCAUGCGCCGUCUCAGAACCGCCUCGAAGCACUCGUCUCCUUUUCUGUCUUCGGAGAGGCUGUCUCUUCUUCUGCCUCGGCUUUCUCUUCUUCUGCCUCGGCUUUCGCUUCUUCUGCCUCGGCUUUCGCUUCUUCUGCCUCGGCUUUCGCUUCUUCUGCCUCGGCUCUUGCGUUCUUCCCCCCGCGCGCGCGCACAGCGUCUCUCGUGGAGUUGAUGUGUGGCGGCCGCGGCAACCAGAUUCCUUUUCUCUCUCCCAUCUCGCCUCUCUUUCGGUCCUACGUCGGCAUCGACGUCUCAGACCGCGCACUCUCUCUGUCGCGUUGUGGGUCCUCUUCGCUUCCUUCUUCCUCUUCUCGUUCGUCUUGCCAGUCGUCCUCUUCUCUGAGCGUGACUCGCACAGCCGCGUUGGAGAGGGCCAACAAAUGCCGAUUUCUUCUCCAAGAUUGUGCGAGCCUCGGGGACGACCUGCCGCUGCUGAAGACCAACUUCGCGCUGGUCGUUGCAGGCUUGGACGACUUGCUCGUGCGAAACUUCACCGAGGUGGUUGAAGACACCGAAGGCGCCGAGGAAGUCGAGGCCGUCCUCGCCUCCGCCGCGGCCGUGCUGUGCGUCGGCGGCCGCCUCCUCGCGCUCGAACCGACUCGUCACCUGGGCGAUCUGCUUCUCGCUGUCACCAAGGCUCUUCUGUCUCCGUCGGGGACUGUCCGGUUUCUGCGUCUCCUCCGAAUAAAGGUCGUGGGCUCUGUCGCUGCGCUCCUCUUUCGCCGAGAGUCUGCGUCGUUUGCGGCGGAUCAAAAUCUUGACGCACUUCGAGCCUUCUAUCGCAAACAAAUCAGACCGCUCGCGGCGCUUCCGGCUCUGGGGCUCGACGCAGCUCGCCUCGACGUGGAUGACCUGCGAACGCGACUGCCUCUGCUGCAACACCUCGCGAGAGUUCAGGCGACUGUCGAACUCUCCUUUCUUCUUCUCCAGGCCUGCCUCUCUGGGAACCUCGAGGCGGCGGCUCUCCUUCUUGCUCGCGGCGCAGACCCAAACAGUUGUUUCCCUGUCGAGAUUCUUCAUUUUCUUUCCUCUCGAACUCCCUCCUGUUUUUUACACUCUUCGUCACAGAUCACUUCCAAAGCAUCUUCUACACGAACCGAAUCCAUUACCACCAUCUCAGAAAGGCCCUCUCUGCCUUCGUCGAGUUCUUCAGCGACGUCUCCCCUUUCUGUCGGUUCCUCUUCGCCAUCGUUUGUCUCCUCGUCUGCUCCCCUCCCGUCGUCUCCUUCUCAAUCUCCUUGUGGGUCUUCGUUUCUCUCCUCCUUCUCUUCUUCUCCUUCGUCUCCGCUUUUUCCUCCUUCUUCUCCCUGGACAAGCGCCUCGAGUCAAGGGAACUGCGGCCAGACUGGCGCCAGCGGCCUGCGAUCGCCUGCGGCGUCUGCGCCUCCCCAGGGAGGCUCUGUGGGGGGCAUUCGUCUUCUGCAUCUUGCAGCUGAACGCGAAGAUUUGCCCUUCUUCCUUCUGCUUCUUCAGCACGGCGCAGAUCCUUCCUUGGUCAACGAAGACGGCCUGAGAGCUGAGGACCUCCUCGCCAACGCAGUCCGCAGGGAGCUGCAGCGAGACCGUCGGUGUCGUUCCUCCUCCGCGUGCCGUUUUCCUGGACCUCACGCAAUGGACAGGACGAAGCAACGCAAAGAAGCAAACAAUCCUCCAAAGGGUAGACCAGGCGCAUCGGCGCGACAGGCAGGGACAGCCGGGGCGACAGACAACGCGAAAUACACGCAUCGCGCCAGUGAAAAAGAAAGAGCAGAAGAGGAAGAACAACGCGGUGGCUUAUCAGAGGAGAACGCAGGAGCCGGCCGCCGAGACGCGACUUGGCGAGUGGCUUCAAGACUCGAUUUCUCGUUGCGAGACAACGGAUGCUCGCACGGAAAAUCCGUCAAUGCCGAGACACAGGCAGGCUGGACGUCCACGAGCCGUUGUCCCCGUUCCGCCAGAGCACCGGAAAAGUCGCAAGACGCGCGAAGGAUGUCAGCGCGAGGUGAGGAGCGCGAAGGAGAUCCAUGUACGUCCACGUUCCUCUCGUGUGUUCCGGAGACUGUGCUUCUUCCCGCAGACAAAGACGAAGGAAUUGCAGAGCGAAACAUGCGGUCGCUGGCGCUUCUCUCGUGGCUAGGAGUCGCCCUCCAGAGCGAAGAAAUGCAGCGCGAGCAAUGCACAGAAAACGAGGAUCGCAAGACACACACCGAAGCUGAAGACGCCAGCGAUGAGACAGGAGUCUUCCUGGAGCUUCUUGCCCAGGAAUUAGAGGGGCCUCUUGUGUGGCCGUUCGUCAACCCUAUCGAGGUGAUUGACGCUUGCCACCGGCGCUUGCCUCCUUUGGAGAAUUUCAACACUCCCUCCCGUUAGGUUUCACUGCCUCGGCGUCAGCGUACUAGAAGCGAGACGCCUUGUUCCACGUUCAAAAAACUGGAAUUCCUUGAUUUCGAGUUGAUCGCAGAAACGAGGAAAAACGUGCGAAGAAGGACAAGCCGAUGGCAGUCGUUGCCUUCUGACUGCUCGUCGCCCAGUUCCUCGUUUGAAGGCAGAAAACAGUCCAUUCGAUGUCUUCUUGUCUUGAAACAUGCAGGUCGCUUGCCGCUUGACGCCCGUUUUGUGCAGGGCAAAGAGGAUCCUAAAUGCAUUGUUUUUCGAAACUUCCGUUUGUAAAGAAAAAACGAUAAAAUCCCUCCAGCAUGAACCUUUUCUAAAUUGAUAUCCGGCGACCCGGAAUCGAACCAGGGACCAACAGAUAACCGCAUGCAUCUACAGUCUGCCGCUCUACCAACUGAGCUAUCGCCGGGGACGGUCGGUCAGGAUGUUUCGUUUACGUAAUUGCAGGUGGCUAUGUCAAUUCACAAAGACGAAAGUGUGUGGAGGAUUCAUUUUCAGAGACCCGGCGCUCUCCUCCCUCACUGGUUAAACCGGUUCGUCCUCGUAACUGUUCCUGCCCUUUUGUGUCGUCG